CAGUUAUACUCCACACAACACAUGUCACAUGUGUAGUCAAAAGAGAGAUAUAGACAAACAAACCUCUCACUAACAAGUAGAGUAACAACUAGCAGCCUCCAAGGUUCCCCUAACUUCACUGUGUGUCUGUGUCACAUUUACUCUCUCUUUCUCUCUCCUAGGAUUACCAGUUACCAGUAACACAGGUUGUGCAUCCAUCAAUAUGAAUAGUGCAUUCACCAUUUCUUCUUUUUUCUUUGUAAUCUCCAUUUUUAUUCUACUCCAACUUUUCCCAGUUAAACCAGCAUUUACAGGAUGUCCCUUAAACUUAAGUGGAACCAAUUUUACUCUUGUGGCUUCCAUCUGUUCAAAUCCAGAUGCCCGUGGAAAAUGCUGCCGUCACAUUAAUGCAUAUGUGGCACUUUCUAUUGCUCGUUAUGCAAAUGCAACCAGUAAUCUCGGGGUCAGUUCAGAUCUAUCUGAAGUUUGUCUCCAAACCAUGUCACAAACUUUAGCACUCUAUGGAGUGCCUGCAAAUGCAACAACUUUUUGCAGAUUUGGGACCAAAAUCCCUAUAAAUUAUGAAUGCAAGGGUAGAACCAGUGUUGCACAGAUGCUGCAGUCUCCUGGCUUCACUGAUGUAGCUGAUAGUUGUCAACUUGCACUAUCAGGAGAAACUGGGUGCCGGAGAUGUAUAAAUGCUAGCCUCGUAUAUCUUCGUCAGAGAAUUGUAGCUGAAGAUAACAUUACACUCAUCACUUGUCGAGAUGCUACUUUUGUGACUCUUGCCAGUCAAUCUGAUAAUGUUUCUGCUGUUGGAUUUGCUAGCUGUUUCUUUGGGGUUCCAAGACUUAGAUCUACAGUCCCGGAGGCAUCCUCACCUCCAUUAUCUCCCAAGGAAUCUCCAAGUCCAGUGCUUGCUGCUACACCAAGUCAGCCGUCAUUGGGCAUAUCAGGCAUAUCUCCUCAUGAGAAUCACCAUUCAUAUCAUCAGCUUACAGCUAUAACAAGUGUUGGGAUUGGUGUCACUGUCAUUUCAUUCUUGCUACUUCUAGUCUUAGUAUUUCUGAUCCGCAGGAAGAGUAGAGAGCUUGAUGAUUCAGAGAAUGGCUUCAAGACAUAUAGGGCACCUUCUGGUCGGUCUGGACGUAGAACUCAAGAUGGGCCAGGGGCUUCUUCCAUGUUUCGGGAGUUUAAUUACAAGGAUACAAGGAAAGCAACUAACAACUUCAGUACAAUCAUUGGACAAGGUGGAUUUGGAACAGUGUAUAAAGCCGAAUUUAGUGAUGGUGUCAUAGUUGCAGUGAAGCAGAUGAACAAAGUAUCAGAGCAAGCAGAGGAUGAGUUUUGUAGAGAGAUUGAACUUUUGGCUAGACUUCAUCAUCGUCAUCUUGUAGCUCUUAGAGGCUUUUGCAUUCAGAAGGAAGAAAGGUUUCUUAUGUAUGAAUAUAUGAAAAACGGAAGCUUGAAGGAUCAUCUCCAUACAGCUCCAGACAAAGCACCACUUUGCUGGCAGACAAGAAUCCAAAUCGCGAUUGAUGUGGCAAAUGCUUUGGAAUACCUCCAUUUUUAUUGUGACCCUCCUCUUUGCCAUAGAGACAUCAAGUCCAGCAACAUUUUGUUAGACGAGAAUUUUGUAGCAAAGCUUGCUGAUUUUGGUCUUGCAUAUGCUGCAAAAGAUGGUUCUAUUUGCUUUGAACCAAUAAAUACUGAAGUUCGAGGAACUCCAGGUUACAUGGAUCCAGAGUAUGUCGUCACUCGGGAACUUACAGAGAAGAGUGAUGUUUACAGUUAUGGUGUGGUCCUGCUAGAACUAGUGACAGGAAGACGAGCAAUACAAGACAACAGAAAUCUAGUAGAGUGGGCCCAAGUGUUUCUAUCUUCAGAAACGAAACUUUCACAACUAAUGGACCCCAAAAUUGGAGAGUUUUUCGAUUAUGAUCAGCUUCAGACAGUUGUUACAGUUAUAAAAUGGUGCACUCACCCAGAAGCUCGAGGUAGACCUUCUAUAAAGCAAGUUCUAAGGCUUCUUUAUGAGAGUUCUGACCCGUUGCAUAGUGAUUUUAUCCAAAAUAUGCAAGAUGAGGAAUAUGAAGAAAGCCAAGCAAAAAGACCAAGCAAAGGGAAGAUGCAAAAGACUGAUAAUCUUUUUCAUAGUGGGGAAGGAAGGUAUCUUGCAUCUUCGUCGAGUACAACUAGGUCAUACUGUAGUAGAAACUUUCUGCUUGAAAAUGGAUCUCCUCAGUCUCCUCCUAAUAUACAGUCACCUUGAACCAAGAAACUAGUCUUCUACAUCAAGGAAAUCCGACAGUGUAGCUUCUUGAAGAACCUAAGAGAGAGCGUAAGCUCACGAAACGACAUAACAUCUUAAUAGGUGUGUGCGGUGUUGGCCAUGCGCCAUACCUGAGAUUUUUUGUAAAGAUAUGCAGGAUUUUGUGAUUAUUAUUUUGUUGCUGUUUAUUUGUUUUCAUGGUAAUCUGGAGAUACCUCUCCUGCUAGAAUCUCCUAGAUUUGUAUUUGUAUAAUUGUAUUAUAUCAUCUUCAUUGUCCAAAUUAGAUAUACUGGUUGUAAUUCUUGGAAGCAAUAAGCAAUUUUUUUUGAUUGGCUUGUAAGAUCAUGAUAUCAGUUAUGAUUAUGCAAGUGUGAUUACAGUUGUUGGCUAUGGUGCCAAAUA